AGCAUAUGAUUGCCAUUCCCUUGGAGGUAUUUACAAACAAAACCAUCACUAAUUCUGAGCUUUCCUCUUGAACUUUUGUGUUGUGUUGCGAAAUACAUUUGUAUUUCGAUUGGGCACAAAACAAUCCGUCUACUUAACCAGUGGGUUUCGGCUAUUAAAAUUCAGUAGUAUUUUGGACAAUACACAAAAAAGCGCUCAAAGAACAUAAGAAAUUGUAGUCAUGGAAGCUGAAGCUCCGGAAAAUAAUGGUACACCCUCAUCUGCAAGUGGUUCCAAGACUGAGUCACCAUCGCAAACCCCAGUGCUUAAUAUAUCCGGAAGGGUAAAGCCGAAUUUAAGUGCUCCCCGAAUAAGGGGGAAAAAGAAGAAGGCUCCCAUCCCAGAAGAGCCCAGAGUGAACCCAGGCACCUUUCCAGUGAUCCUGAGCAGGAUCCUACUGAAGAGCGAUGUGCCUCCUGUAGCUCCACCAAAAACCAAUCUGGAGGACCACACGCAGUACCUCUGCUUCCUGUGCCUGGAGAAACCAGCCGCCCGAAAGCGCGCCUAUCACAUGUUCAUAACGACGGAAAAGGAGUUGGGAAAGGACUACGACCACACCAGACGGCUCUACGAGAACCGGAAGGAGUACAAAUACGUCAACAACAUAUCCGUGCAAACGGUCUGUGCUCGAGCGCUGUACCGCCGGGUUCAGAAAAAGUUCACAGAUGUCGAGUGGAACAAGCUGGGCAAUGUGUUUGAGACUGAUAUGAUCGGACACCAGGAUAUCUGGGGUAUUUCCGACCGAGUCUACGCCAUGCGCACCGAGGAACAUGAGAGGCUCUUUAACUACAUCAAGUUCUUACACUCCACGAAGAGCUAAUGACUACCGCUUUUAAUUUUCCACUAGUUUAAUUUGUGAUAUCUUGUGUUACCUCCUUGUAUUAAAUAGCUGCUUCGCACAUACUUAAA